GCCCUGAGCGCCACGGAGGCGCGAGGGAAGAUCCUGGGGUACAUGGUGACCUUUGAAGCCCUGGACCAGCGGGGCCCCCGGGCAGGAGCCCACCUCCCCGCCACCUACUCCAGCUAUGCCAGAGUGGUGCCAAGGCGGGGCUACAAGAUUACGGUCAGCGCCGAGAACUCCAGGGGCAGGUCCCCCCCUGCAUCCAUCCUGGCCCACCUCAGCACCCGAGCCCUUCCUCCUCCUCAGCAAGUCUCUGCUGCGGCCACGCGAAAUGGCAGCAUCCUGGUGAGCUGGAAAGCGCCUGAGGAAUGGACUGCAUCCAUCAGUGGAUAUGUGGUGGAGUGGGCAGAGACGCCCAGGACCAUGCACCCACCACUGCCAGCCUGGGUGAAGCUUCCAGCGUCCAAGUUGUCCACCGUGAUAGCAGAGCACAUACAAGCCAACAUGUGCUAUCAGAUCAGCAUCUUUGUGCUCUACCAGGACAGAGCCGGACAAGCAGCAUCAGUCAGUGGAUACUCCAGCACAGCAGCGCCAUCAGCCGGGCCCCAGAUGUACCCAACGCAGCAGGCAAACGGCAUCUUGGUUUCCCGGGACACCAUCCCUGCCCAGCAGCAAGGGGACUGCAUCACAGGGUACCAGCAGAAAAAGGACAAGGAGGAUGCCCUGGAAGCCUACGGUGCUGGGAACUGGAUGACUCCUGUGCUCACCUGCAGCUUCUUCAUCUUCUCAGCCUGCAUUUGCUCCAUGCCUCCAGCAAGAAAAGUAUUACACUCACUCUUCUCAGCACUUGUGCCGCAGUGGCAAGGCAAAGCCAUCCCAGACCCAGCCAAUGCCACCUGGGCCAAGAAUUACCUGGCUACAAAGGCUGAGCUGUGCUUGCCCUCCAGCCUGUUCCUGCACAGCUCUGAAGAGCCGGAAAUCACAAAAGUGGAGGAAACCCUGGUGAAACCAAGCCCCUUGGGCAGCGCGGGCAGCGGUGCCUGGAGGCUGGCGAGCAGCUCGGGAGAGCCAGGGUACCAGGCUCUGCCCAGCGCAGCUGAUGGGGAGGAGCAGCAGCUCCACCACCUCUACAAGAAAAUGGGGACAGAAGGGAUGGAGCCCACGCAGCCCGAGUACAUCGCCAACCCCAUCACUGACACUGGGUACCUACCCCCGCUCACAGACACUACUGAAAACCACCUCGAACCAGAGUGCGAUCCGCUCUCCGUCUUCCCAACAACCUUUUUGGCACCAGUGCUUUCCCGCGGAGGGAAUCUCACUCUGGAUGCAGUGAGAAUAAACCAUAGCUCCUUCACCAGGUAG